GUGAUUCCCUCUCCUGACGUCAUUUGUCCAUGUGCGCGCAGCCUGAUCAGAGGAGUUUCCCAAAUCGAACGAGACUUUUUCCCGACACAUUUCACAAUAUUGUGUGAUAAUUUUGAAAUUUGUCCUGAUUCGGAUAUAAUAUAUUGAAUAUAGAAGUGCUGAACUUUCAGUAUGCCGAAGAAGGUGAAAGGAAAGAGUUCCCAAACGGGUGAUUUUGAUGAAGGUGAUGUGGCAACUGGUGAAAAUCUGCUCCAAGAAAAUGGUGACAAGGCCGAGACUGCCCAACCAGUCAAAUCAAAAUCUGGGAAAAAGAAGAAAAGUAAACUUGAUAAACUGAAGGAAGAUUUUGGUGACGACGAGGACGACGCCACGAAUGAUAUGGAGGAUCUGUCCCUGAAUGACACGGGCCGUGGUAAAAAAGGGAACCGAGGUGCCGUGAAGAAAAAAGUGGAGUUGAAGCCUUGGGAGCGAGAUUGGGAAGAUGAUGGGACAACGGGAGAGAACGGUGUUUGUGAUCGUGAUGCUGAGCCGAUUGAUGAAGAGAAGGGGAAGGUCGAUGAGGCUGAAAAGGAAGCUGCGGUCAAUCCAGGAAAGGCACUAAGUAAAAAGGAGCAAAAGAAGUUAAAAAAGAAAGAAGAAUUCAACAAGCAGCUGGAGGAUCACAGCGGGGGAAUAGAGCAGUUUGCUGUCUCACAGGCAGAGAGUAGCAUCAAGAAGAAGAAUGUGCUAUUUGAGACAGAGACAGAUAUAAAGGUUGAGAACUUCUCUAUAUCAGCCCGUGGAAAAGAUCUUUUUGUGAAUGCCACUCUACAGAUUUCAGCUGGAAGACGAUACGGUCUUGUUGGACCGAAUGGCCACGGCAAAACAACCCUCCUACGCCAUAUAGCAGAGCGAGCACUGCGAAUUCCACCAAAUAUAGAUUGUCUUUAUUGUGAACAAGAGGUGCAAGCUGACGAUCGCUCUGCAGUAGAAACUGUCAUGGCGGCUGACAUCAAGCGAACCAAGUUACUUGAGGAGGAGAAGAGGCUGAACGCAUUGAUGGAGGCGGGGGACGAGCAUGCCCACGAGAGAAUGAAAGAGGUUUGGGACGAACUCAAUGCAAUAGGCUCUGAUGCUGCUGAAGCUAAGGCAAGGCGGAUACUGGCUGGUCUUCAGUUCACACGAGAGAUGCAGGCUCGAGCAACAAAACACUUCUCUGGUGGCUGGAGGAUGAGGGUCUCAUUGGCAAGGGCGUUGUUCCUUGAACCAACAUUACUCAUGUUGGAUGAACCGACCAAUCAUCUCGAUCUGAAUGCUGUGAUCUGGUUGGACAAUUACCUUCAAGGUUGGAAGAAGACCCUGCUUGUAGUGUCUCACGACCAGAGUUUCUUGGACAACGUGUGUACAGAUAUUAUUCACUUGGACCAGAAGAAACUCUUCUAUUACAAGGGCAAUUACGGAACUUUCAAGAAAAUGUUGGUUCAGAAACGGCGGGAGCAAGCUAAGGAAUAUGAGAAACAAGAGAAACGCCUCAAACAGUUGAAACAGUCGGGCAAGUCAACAAAGCAAGCGGAAAAACAACAGAAAGAAGCGUUGACAAGAAAACAGCAGAAGAAUCAGACAAAACAACAGAUGCAGCAGUCGGAGGAUGAUAAACCGCAGGAAUUACUGGAGAGACCACGAGAAUAUACCGUCAAGUUCACGUUCCCUAAUCCACCACAUCUUAAUCCACCCAUAUUAGGUGCUCACAAUGUAACCUUCAGCUAUGAGAAACAGCCCAACCUGUUUGUGGAUUUGGACUUUGGUAUUGAUAUGGGGACAAGAAUUGCCAUUGUUGGACCAAAUGGAGUUGGUAAAUCCACGUUCCUUAAGCUGUUGACCGGAGAUCUUGAAGCGACUCAAGGUGAGGUGCGGCGGAAUGCUAGAGCACGUGUGGGCAAGUACGAUCAGCAUUCUGGUGACCAGCUCAAUCUGGAUGAGUCGCCCACUGAGUAUCUCAUGCGUUUGUACAACCUGCCAUAUCAAGACGCCAGAAAGAUCCUUGGACGGUUUGGAUUGUCUGGCCAUGCCCAUACCAUCAAGAUCCAUGAUCUCUCUGGUGGACAGAAGUCACGCGUGGCGUUCGCUGACUUGUCAUGUAAAGCACCAGAUGUACUCAUUCUUGAUGAACCGACGAAUAACCUGGAUAUCGAGUCGAUCGAUGCUCUGGCAGAAGCCCUCAAUCAGUAUGGAGGAGGUGUGGUGAUUGUAUCUCACGAUGAGCGCUUGAUCCGAGACACAGACUGUCAGCUUUGGGUUGUCGAGGAUAAGACAAUAAAUGAAGUGGAUGGUGGCUUUGAUGAUUACAGGAAGGAGUUAUUGGAAGCUCUCGGUGAAGAAGUUGUGAAGAAAGAAUAGGAACUUGCAAUUGUGAUAUAAGGACUUCUUAAACAACAAAUUCUUAGUUAGGGAUAGCUGAGACAAGGUUCUCAGAAGUUCUCAACUGCUCCGAUCGGAGGAGAAAACAGCAACACAACAUUUUUUGGGAACCUUGAUCAUUCAUCAACAGUAAUAUGUUUCAUAUUUGGAACUAAGUUAAUUGUAUGAAUUUUGAGAAUCUAAAUUUUUCUGUCUUCUUGAUUAUCAAGAAGGAAAUAUAUGGACUACAAUGUAGAGUAAUGGAUGAGAUGUUGGACCUUAAUGAUGAGAUGCUAUCUUAUUCAUCACAUGUGUUGAGAGGUCGGAGCAGGCGGUGAAAGACUGGUCUGCUUUAUGAUAUAGGAACAUUGGGAUAAUUGAAAUAAAGCACUUUGAGAUUUUCA